AUGUAUCCGUACUACCGCGGCUUCUGCCACCGCGGCGGCUCUCGCAUCCUCUGGUUCAUCAUCGGCGCAGCGACCGCUGGCAUCUGGAUGCGGUCGCACGAGGCCCGCGAGUGGAAGCGGAGCCAUUGCUGGCGCGAUCGCAUCCCGCAGGAGGCGUAUCCGGCGCCCGGCACGUUCCCACCUGUACCUGCAGCGCCCCCCGCCGCCGCUACUGCCGACGCCAACCAAGGCGCUCCUGAAGGCGCGCUGGAGCAGCGUGAGCGGAGGUGGAGCUGGAACUGGCAGCGGGGCGACUGGGAUAUCCAGAAUAACCACCGUCACCGGCAUGGACGUAUGGAUGCGAGGGCGAGCGCGGACGAGAAUGCGAAUGCAAACGGGGAGGCCAGUACGUGGGACAAGCGACGGAGCUGGCCCCCGUCUGGCACGCCGCCGACGCCCAUGCCGACGGACAAGUGGGAGGAGGAGCGGCAGCGCAUCCAAGAUUUCGGCAACAAGGCUACUGACACCAUCUCCGAUAUGUCGGAGGCGACACUUGAGACGCUUCUGUCGACAGUUCAGUCUCUCAAGGCUAAGCUCGCGGAGACGCGCGCGAAGCGCGAGGAAGAGAUGGAGCAGCUGCGGAACCAACGCUUCGAGCAGUUCAAAGAAUACGAAGAGUGGAAGAGGCAGCAACAACAAGAGCAGGAGAAAGAGAAGGAGAAGGAUAAGCCUCGCCAUAUCGUCUAA